AUGGCGUGGAUUUACCACUUCCUUCUCUUCAUCUCGACUCUCGCUUUCCAUGUACUAGCAGCUGCCGUUGAGGUCGAACCAGGCAGAACAGACUUGGAUCUCACGACACCAUGGAACGGAUUUCACCUGAAGCGAGCCGUGCCCAUCGUCGCUCCAUCCCCUGAUCAUGUCAGCACCCGCGUGUCAAAACUCAAGAAGCUCAACAGAAAACAUCAACUCCAUCCAAGAUCUGCCGCAUCCCUGCUCGCGAAACGUAACCAAGGACCCUUUUCUCUCAAGAAUGGCAUCCAGAACAUCUCGGCUGUGGGCGACUUCUCAACCUCCUAUGCGAUCCAAUGCUUAUGGGAUUCAACCCCCGUCUGGCUCACCUUCGACACAGCGAGCUCUGACACAUGGGCUGUCAAAUCUGGCUUCCGAUGUGAGAAUAACCUGGGAGAUAAGCAAGAUCAGGACUGGUGCGGCUUUGGCCAGCCGCACAUCCAAGACUUUGGCUUAGGGAGGCUGACAGAGAUACACCUCCAUCGGAGCUAUGCAUCUGGGGAGGACGUCUCGGGCCCAAUGGGCGCUUCCGAUAUCUCCUGCGGCGAUGUCACUGUCCAUAAUCAGCAGGUGGGACUAGCUAACAGGACAUACUGGCACGGUGACAACGUGACGGUUGGUGUUCUGGGUUUGGCGUAUCCAUCUCUCACCAGCGGCUACUUGGGCGGCCCCAAGGACGAGACGGAGUGGAACAAUUACCCAUACACGCCCUGGCUGACCAAAGCCAUCGCACAAGGCGCAACCAGCCCCAUGUUUAGCGUCUGGCUUGACCGAAACUCGAGCGAUGGGAUGCUCACUUGGGGCGGACUUCCGCGGCCCGCUGCCAUCAAGCUUGGGCAGCUUGCAACCACCGGUCUCAUCAUUGCAAAACUCGACGACAGGGAAAAGACAGCCUGGAAGCCGUCGUUCUAUACUAUCAUCCCGGACGGGCUAACAUGGGGAACAAGAACCGACACGGGAAAGUACCCGUACAUUGUCGACACGGCCACAACCAUGAUUCACGUGCCUCCGCCCCUUGCCGAAGCCAUCGCGGCGGCGUUUGAGCCGCAAGCCGUGUACCUAUAUCAGUGGGGGUCAUACUUUGUCCCAUGCGACUCAAUCGCGCCAAGCUUUGCCGUCAUCGUCUCGGGGGUCAACCUUUGGGUCAACCCGGCUGAUAUGAUAUUCAAGGACCUCGUGGAUCCUGGGACGGGGUACUGCGCCACGGCCAUCACCACCGGCGGAUCGGGGCCAUACAUCCUCGGUGACGUCUUCCUCCAGAAUGUCCUGGCCGUUUUUGACGUAGGAAACGCCGAGAUGCGCUUCUAUGCGAGGAGGUGA